AAGGAAACGCUGCUGCUGCCGGAAAAAGGGAACAACUCGCGUCUUCUCUCUCCCCCACAAGACAACAAUCCAUUGUCUUACCUAAGAACUUCUCUGUUUCGCCGUCGUCUCUCCAAUCCUCUCAUGCGGAAUCUACCUUCGUCUUAGUGUCUCAAGGUUAAAGCUUGGGCUCAUAGUCUCAGUCGGUGAUCAUGGCUCUUCCGCUCGGGAAGCUGACCCUCCUCGUCGGUGCAGGUCUUGUCGGCUCAGUUAUUGCAAAAGAAGGUUUACCAGAUGUUUCAAGUUUCAUCUCUGGUGCAUUCAAGAUUGUGUUCAGGCAACUAAAACAAGAAGAACAAGUCAAAUCAGCUAAGAAGCCUCACAAUGAUACCCUUUUGGCUCAGGUGAACAGUCUAAGACAGGAAUUGCAGAUGCUGGCUUCAAACAGGUCUAUCACCAUUGUCUCUACGGGUGGAUCAGGUGGUAGAAAGUAUGGUGUGAUCAUUAUCAUCGCAGUUGUAGGGUAUGGAUACGUGUGGUGGAAGGGAUGGAAACUUCCGGAUUUUAUGUUUGCAACAAGGCGUAGUUUAUCCGAUGCAUGUAAUUCUAUUGCCAAACAGCUUGAGGAUGUCUACUCCUCGAUUUCGGCUACAAAACGGCAUUUAUCUUCAAGAAUCGAGAGAGUGGACUCUAGUUUGGACGAGAUUGAAGGGAUUACUAAAGAAACAGGAAAAGAGGUGACUGAACUACGUGACGGUGCAUCAAGAAUCAACGAUGAUGUCAGGUCCGUUCGUUAUGUCGUCGAAACUCUGGAAAGUAAAAUCAACCGUAUCGAAGGAAAGCAGGAUAUAACGCUGAAAGGAGUCGGGACACUGUACGCUCAGUAUCGGGAGAACAUAAGAAUCCAAGAGCCCGCUCAGGGUUUGCCAUCGAAUUCAUCAAGACCGGCUCUUGAGGCAGCUCCUAUGACACCGUCGUCAAGGACUGGCUCUUUGCCCCCUGUUUCUCCCCGCGAAUCUCAUUCCCAUUCAUCUUCGAUAUCUAAUGGAUCGAACAAGUCGUCACAGCGUCUGCUUCAGCACGCUCAGUCCUUGUCCGGUCUGAAGGAUGUGAACGAAUGCUCUGGCAACAGCCGAGACCCUUCUUCCGACAGAACUCAAACUCGUCACACGGAAGCCACCACCAGCAACGGGUCAUCAGCCACGGGUUCUGGUUCUGGUCUGUUUGGGAUAUUCUCCGCCCCGAGAAUCCUCAGGACGAGGAGCGCCAUCAAUGCCGUGCCUCAGCCCUCUCACUCGUCCGGACCGCAAUAGCAGCCGCGGCGGCGGUACUUCCUGUUCCGGUUACUGUUUCAUACAUAUAAAGAUCAUGAAUGGUGGAACAGCAAAACGACAAAGUGGGGGUACUUUUGUAUCUUGAAGAGGAGAUUUUUAUUUAGGGUUUGUUCUGUCUCUUCCCGGUGCCAUUGGAGUGUUCUUGGAGAGAAAUUUCUCAGAAGGUUGCAGAAUUUUUGUAGUGAUAUUUCUGAGUAUAUUUAUAAGAGUUAUAUUGCAUUUUGUGAUUUUGGACUGUAGAAGAGGAUGAUGAUGAUCAUGUCCUCUGCACAUCUUUGAUUCCCUUGAAAUAAAAUACAUCAAAUUCUAUAA